CGCUGCCCCUCACGCCGUGUCCGGCCCCGCGGGAUGGCGGCGGGCGAGGAGCAGAGCCGAGAGUACCUGCGGCGGCACCGGCUGCCCGAGCUGCUUGCAGCACCUCGGAGCGCUGCUGCUCUCCACCGCCCCGAAAAGCCACGCGAGUUCCUGAUCCAGGCGCUGGAAAGGGUGAAGGCUGGCAGGCGGGCCGAGGGGGAGUACCCGGACCUGAUGGACGAGGCCAACGUGGAGGCCAUGUUCGGCCUGCUGGAUGUGCUGGGCCAGGGCCACAUCACGCCCGUGCAGUACAGGGAAGCUCUUAAAACUUUGGGACUGAGCACUGAGGAUCUGGAAGUUGGAGAUGAUGAAAAUAUCACACUGGAGGUAUUCAAGGAAGGAGUGAAGAAAAGGAUGCUGGAGAGCUGGGCUGUGUAUUAGUUUGAGCAGUGGUCUGCAAUAUAUACGAAAACUAGGCAUCUUCCUCAGUUUUUCUUCUGGCUUGGCAGCUGUGGAUAGCUGAUUUUAAGCAGCAUUCUUUUUCUUGUCUCCCCCCCUGCUUCAGAUGAGCAAUCAGCUGAAAAGGACAAAUGACAAGAACUUGUUCGUGUCUACGAGGCACUGGAGGGAUAUUGUUUGAGAAUUGCUUUUCUUAAGACAGUUAGAUGGUUUAAAAAGAAAAAAAAAAAAAAAAGAGAUCUCUUACGUAACUAAAAUAGUGGUUUGGAGUUUCCUCCUUCAGGUUGCAGCUUACAGUACAGGAUUGUUACCAGCUGGCUCAUUACCACUGAAUAAAAUUAAAUUGUUCUGGGGU